AUGCAGGCCAGCGUCAAAAACGGUCACGUUCCGGCUGUGACGAGUGUCGCCGGCGCCAUUGGAAAUGCAACGAGGCGAAACCGACAUGCUCUUAUUGUCAGAGUGUUGGCCGUCCCUGCGUUUACUCCCGCAAGCUCUCUUGGGGCGGACGUCAGUUUAAAAAGUCCCGUUUCGGGAGGUGUCUGGAAUCCGGAGGAGCAAAGGCCGUCAGCAUUGAAGCCUCGAGUCGACUUUAUUUAUACAUGUUCGUCGAAAGGGACAGACAAUAUUGCGAGCCGUGAGGGAAGUACAUCUGAACUUGGGCAUGGGACGUGUGAAAGACCACAGGACGAUAACGCGGAUUCGACCCUCUGUCUCGAAAUCCCUGCAACACCUCAUCCACCAACCCCGGCUCUGAUGUUAAGAGAAGAAUCCAAGCCCCUAUUCGACUACUUCAUCAACCGAGUGACCAUAUCAAUUUCCUGCCACAAAGGAAUUCAAGAUGAAAUCUGCUCGGUCAUUGUUCCUAUGGCGAUGCAGGUUCCUCAUCUACUGACCGCCACCCUUGCUCUAGCUGCAGCUCACCGACAUACAUCCGGCCUGUUUGAAGGCGACUGUCAAUUUGAGCUCAUGAAGGGGAGCAGUCUGAUGCAGUUGAGAUCGGCCUUGGACCGGUUCAGCCCGUCCGAGAAUGACAAAGUCCUUGCUACCACACUGCUCUUGUGUCUAGCCGACGUGAUAUCCCCGGCUACGAGCACGUCAUCAUGGAGGCCACAUCUGUACGGUGCUGCGACCCUCUCUGCACAACACAGCCGCUCAAAUGGUGCCAGUCUAUCAUCGAUUUCGAGUUUUCUCAUGAGGAAAUACCGGGCGCUGCAGGCCGUUGCUCUGGCCUGCUGCUCUAAACGGUUCGAGGCGCAGAUACUGACCACGCCCUACAAUGAAGUCGAUGCUCGUAUUGACGACCUAGCCGGGUACUCUACGACCCUGAUGCCGAUCUUAGAGGAGAUCAACGACCUGGAGCCACUACGGGAAGACGGUGGUUCCGAAUUCUCCUGCGACUCCCCUCCUGGGCUACCACAUUUUGAUUGCAGCUCGCCUCUGGAGCACAAAUCACAUUUGCUGUUCGACCGCGUCAGAGCACUAAUGGCGAAAAGGAAGAUGUCACGGACGCAGGGUGGUGGUGGUGGACAUCUUCCAUCAUCCGUAUACCACGACCUAUACCUCGUGGACGAAGCCUACCAUCACAUGGCACUUCUACAGAUCUUUCGCCGUGGAUCCUUGUCCGUCCCUCUGCAGGUGAUUGACAACAGCAGACGCUCAAUCCUGGACUGUCUUGCUGCUGUGACAUAUCAAUCCGGCCCAUGUCCAGGCGUGGCCACGCUGCCACCUCUGUUCGUGGCGGGCACCCUCUGUACGACCAAAUCGGACAGAGACAAGGUGCGCGGCUUGCUGAGGACCAUGUGGAUGCACUAUGGGAUGGGGAACGUGAAGUCUUGUCAGACCGUGUUACAGAGGUGGUGGAAGCACCAGGAUGAGAGUCUCGCCAAGGCCCCUUUUCCAGAGAGGCUGUAUGAUUGUCAAGUCGACGAUGAUGUCCUGCCGUAUUAA